GAAGAUCAGUGGCAUCUGGCCCGUCUUUCACGUCGUUAUAGGCAGGCGUGUAUCGAAGUGCGGAUUCGGAGGAUUCGGGUUCCCAUGUUGGGUCAGGAUAACCUCAGCGCUCACAUUCGGCAGACGCGGGUCCGUCGCGAGGGCAAUACAGAGGAUAACCGGUCCAUUUGAGCCUGCUGUCAUUGCGGAAAGCACUUCAAAAACACCGUCGCUGCCGUACUUCUACUUCUACCUACCUCUCCCGUUCCCCUGCAGCGUCCUCUGAUUAGUUAUUUCCUAGCUGACUAGUAAAAUGGUGGUCAGAGGACAGCCAGAAGUUCUAAGUUUGUUCGGCAAGCAGUUUCAGCAACUCCUACCGACCGUGGUAGAUGCCAUCAGCUCCAGCGUCCAGGUCGAGGCAGCACAAGAGACGGCCCGGCCAGUGGAAAAGAGCGUUGCCGAAAACAAUCCGAUCGGGACCCAGACGUCAUGUAGUACCUGCGGGGUCACCUUCACAUCCAGCGAUGAUAUGCGCCAACAUUACAAAGCAGACUGGCAUAGAUAUAACCUCCAGCGAAAGGUCGCCGGUCGCUCUCCUGUUUCAGAGGCCGAGUUUGAGGAGAUUGAGGAAGUCAGCAGUAUCGAUGCGAGCGACUCCGACAGCGAGAGUGAUGACGAUGAUACCGCAUCUCGUAAGGCGUCGGGACGACAGAUAGAACGAGGCUCGCCGUAUAUCCUGCUUCCAUUGCCGGAUAAUAAAAAGGCGCUGAGGCUCUUUAGGCAGAUUGUGUCGGGCGAAAAGAGGUUUGCUGGACUGGACCGCGCCUCCGUGGUCAAGAAGCUUCAUGAUGGGGAUAUGAGAAAGACGCAUUGGACGCUACUCAUGUUGGGAGCGGGGCACUUUGCGGGGACGGUUAUCGAUUGCGCGUCGGGAAAGUCUGUGGUGCAGAAAACUUUCCAUCGGUAUACGACGAGGAGAAAGCAAGGAGGAGCCCAGAGCAAGAACGACAGCGCGAAAGGUUCCGCCAAAAGUGCGGGAGCCAUGCUCCGUCGAUACAAUGAACAGGCUCUGAAGGAUGACAUCCACGAUCUGUUGCUUCAAUGGAGAAGCGAAAUUGAAGGCAGCGAGCUGAUUUUCAUCCGCUCAUCCGUUCAGAAUAGGCGGACUCUGUUCUUCGAGGAUAGCCCAUUGAGUAGUGCCGAUGAAAGGAUCCGAUCCUUCCCAUUCACCACCCGACGUCCGACGCAUGGAGAGUUGAUGAGAUGUUUCAAGGAGCUGUCCACGGUGACUAUCGAGGAUAUCAAAGAGGUUGAACCCGCAACGCUAGCUCCGCCAAAGCCAAAAGCUCCCGUCUCAGGAAGGUCUUCGCCAGCGCUUCAGGCGACGUCGGAGCCGAAAGCGGAGGAGCCGGCGCUGGACCCCGAGCUGGUUAAGCUCGCCGACUUGUGCAAACGAGGCAAAAUCGAGGUUGUACAGGGGUUCUUGCAAUCGAAACCGACGUUCGAUAUCAACGCGGUUCUGCCUGAUUCUGCAGGGACCAGCUUCUUGUACAUCGCGUCGAGCAACAACCAUCCUGAGCUUGUCGCGUUCCUUCUCGACCUUGGUGCCGACCCAACCAAAGCUGCGGAAAAAAAGAGUCUAAGGCCAUACGAUGCAGCAAGUUCGAAGGAAACGCGUGAUGCAUUCCGUCGCCACAUGGCAAAAGAGCCCGAGCGGUGGGACUGGAAAGAAGCUCACGUACCCGGUCCCUUGACACCCGAAAUGGAACAGCAACAAAAGGAAAAGGAAAAGGAGAAAAAGAAGAAAGCAAAAGAAAAGCAGAAGGCAUACAACGCGGCAAAGAAGGAAUCGGCGUCCGAGCCCGAGCCCGAACCGCAGAAGUCCUCCUCCAGUGGGAGACCGCUCUUGGCGAAACUGAACAAAACCGAACGGGAAAUGAUUGGGCUGACACCGGAGCAGCGGAUGGCGCUUGAUCGGGAAAAGAGGGCGUUGGCGGCUGAGGCUCGGAUUAGGGGACGGAUGAAUCAGUGUGCGGCUUGUGGCAAGUCAUUGUCGAACUGCACGCCGUUUGAGAAGUUCAUGUAUCGGUAUUGUUCGCUGGGAUGCGUGCAGGCGCACUCCGUACUUCAUUCCGGAUAAACUUCAUUCCGGAUAACAGGAAAAUGCUAUUGCUGAACUCCAGACCUCCCACGGAUUGCCUCACGUCUUCUCCAUCAUGAACACGGUCAAGAUGGUUAUGGUCACAGCCGCUGGCCUUCAUGGAUCUGACGAUUGAAAAUCUCUCGUUGUCACGAUCUCGGCUAGGCACACCUCUCCGAUGGUGGUAGCUGACGAUUUGCGUGAGCUACUGCCGACGAACUACAAGAGACGAGCCGCAA